CAGCUGCGGGCGCGGGGCCCAGAGUGCGCCCCGCCGCCGAUGGGGAGCGGGAGUGAAGAACCGGACAGGGGUCCCCCGGCCACAAGCUCAACCCCGCCCCCGCCCUCGAAGGCCCGCGCGCUGCUGCCCCCUCCACCCCCAACCAAGGCGACCGCGCUUUGGGAACGGAUCGGAAAUCCACCAGGGGCUCGGCCCGCCCUUUUCUCGCGAGACGGGGAGAGGAAGCGGGUCGUGGGCGACGGAGACGUAGCCAAUGAGCGAGCCGGAAGGGCGUGAUCGACGGCUUCCUCCCGGCCUCGCCCCGGCUGCGGAGGCCGCGGUCGCAGCCCGCCUCUCUCUCCCUCGCCUCCUUCCCUACCCUCCCCGCCCCGUUCUUCUCUUCCCGUCUGAGGUGGCGGCUGGCUCCCCGCUCGCCAGCUCCGUGUAGUCUCUGCCUCCGCUUCCCUUUUCCCUCAGGCCCCGUCCGGCCUGAGCGCUCGCCCCCUGGUCCGCCUUCUUCUCGGGGCAGCCGCAGCCCCAGACCCCUAGAGUUCUGAGCCUUCUCUGGGUCUCUGUCCGCGCCCGGCCCCGCCAUGAAUGAAGAGUACGACGUGAUCGUGCUGGGCACUGGCCUGACGGAAUGUAUCCUGUCAGGUAUAAUGUCAGUGAAUGGGAAGAAAGUUCUUCACAUGGAUAGAAACCCGUAUUACGGAGGAGAGAGCGCAUCUAUAACACCGCUGGAAGAUUUAUACAAAAGAUUUAAGAUACCCGGAGCUCCACCAGCAUCCAUGGGCAGAGGAAGAGACUGGAAUGUUGACUUAAUCCCCAAGUUCCUUAUGGCAAAUGGUCAGCUGGUUAAGAUGCUGCUUUUUACGGAGGUCACUCGCUAUCUGGAUUUCAAAGUGACUGAAGGGAGCUUUGUUUAUAAGGGAGGAAAGAUCUACAAGGUACCUUCCACUGAAGCAGAAGCCCUGGCAUCUAGCCUAAUGGGGCUGUUUGAAAAACGUCGAUUCAGAAAAUUCCUGGUAUAUGUCGCCAACUUUGAUGAGAACGAUCCUCGAACUUUUGAGGGCAUUGAUCCUAAGAAGACAUCAAUGCGAGAGGUGUAUAAGAAAUUUGACUUGGGCCAGGAUGUUAUAGAUUUUACUGGUCAUGCCCUGGCACUUUACAGAACUGAUGACUAUUUAGAUCAGCCAUGUUGUGAAACCAUUAAUAGGAUUAAACUUUACAGCGAGUCUUUGGCAAGAUACGGCAAAAGCCCAUACCUUUAUCCACUCUACGGCCUUGGAGAACUGCCACAGGGAUUUGCACGGCUAAGUGCUAUUUAUGGAGGUACCUACAUGCUGAAUAAACCAAUUGAAGAAAUCAUUAUGCAGAAUGGAAAGGUGAUUGGUGUAAAAUCUGAAGGAGAGAUUGCUCGCUGUAAGCAGCUCAUCUGUGAUCCCAGCUAUGUGAAAGAUCGAGUAGAAAAAGUGGGCCAGGUGAUCAGAGUCAUCUGUAUCCUCAGCCACCCCAUCAAAAACACCAACGACGCCAACUCCUGCCAGAUCAUUAUUCCACAGAACCAAGUCAACCGGAAGUCAGAUAUCUAUGUCUGCAUGAUCUCCUCUGCACACAAUGUGGCCGCACAAGGCAAGUACAUUGCUAUCGCCAGCACAACGGUGGAGACCAAGGAGCCUGAGAAGGAAAUCAGACCAGCCCUGGAGCUCCUGGAACCAAUUGAGCAGAAAUUCGUUAGCAUCAGUGACCUCCUUGUACCAAAAGACCUGGGAACAGAAAGCCAGAUCUUUAUAUCCCGUACCUAUGAUGCGACAACUCACUUUGAGACGACCUGUGAUGACAUUAAGGACAUCUAUAAGAGGAUGAUGGGAUCCGAGUUUGACUUUGAGGAAAUGAAGCGCAAGAAAAAUGACAUCUAUGGGGAAGACUAACAGCAGUACAUGUUAUCAUCUAAUUAGGACAAACUUAAAAUUUGGCAAAUGAUGCAUAUUGUAUGAAAUCAGUAUUGUAAGGCCUGCUUUUGUAAUCAAAACUGAGAGAUUGCAGAGCACUGUACCAGUAAAUAUUCCUCCCCUUUCUAAUAUCAUGUAUUAACUUGUUUUCAUGGAGUGGCUCUUCCGAAUUGGUGGGUUCCCACGUUCUGUUCAAUUUAACCAAUAUUGGCUUGUUUCUCCUAGUGAAGGAUCAGUUUUAAAACCUUGUGAUACUGAUACAGAGAACUUGAUACAGUAAUUUGUAUCUUUUAAUCAGUGUAGCCUUUGCAGUUAUGAGCUUCCGCUGUUCAAGAGCUGGGUCAGUGCAGCUUGCGUGCCAUCUUGUCCUCUUGACGGUGAGGAGGUUCAGAACUGAAUGUCUGUAACCUGGGACAGCGUCCUUUACUCCUCCCCACCCCUUUCCGUUCACGUCAUGUGUCAGGACAGUGCCCACCCAGCCCAGCCACAAGCUUGGUUUACAUGGGCCUCCAGUUCUAACCAAACUCCAGACUUGGAUAGUCUUUUGGAGGAAGCCUGUGUGCGGUGUUUUAACCUAUUAAAACUGAUGAGCGCAGAGGGGAAAGAAACCCAUCAUAAAGCAGGUAAACGUAGGAGCUUCUUCUGUAUCCCAGAUGUGGCUUCUUCAACGGACCAAGCUGCAGCACAGUAUUGAUUUGACAGAACCUCUGCUCCAGUGAUGUCUCCAAAUGAUUUCUGUACUGCAAAUAAAGCCAAACUCUGGAAACCA